AUGAAUGGAUAUAUAAAUUGUAGUUUGCUGCUGCUUCUCCUGGGAUGUCUGGCCUUUACCCGGGCUCAAACGCAGGCUCUGAAUGAUUCGAAUAUCUUAGGAGGAGGUUUGGUGGCUCAAGAACCUGGCAUGUGGCGUCAGGGCAGGCGGAGGAGUGUCCUGGCCGAUAGUUGUCUAACCAACAGCGGCACCACUGGCACCUGCCUCACGCGGUUCAAGUGCAUGCGCCAAUCGGGCACAGUCAAUGGAUAUUGCGGCACCUACGGGGUUUGUUGUGAAACAAACCUCCAAGUUGGGGCUUCUACCCGCCAAAAGCGAACGAUUAUCAAGAAUCCUGGCGCAUUGGUCAACGAAUUAAACACCUACACAAUCGAGGCCUUUAGCAGCAAUGUCCAGCAACUGAGAAUCGACUUUGAGCAGUUUGAGUUGGCUCAACCCACGGAAACGGAUGGAGUCCUAGAUUGCCAGGACUAUUUCGAGGCGGAUGGCUUCAAGUUGUGUGGUGUGAACAGUGGCCAGCAUUUGUACCUGCCCUUCAAUGCAGCCGCGGGAGUGGAGCAGGUUACGCUCACCUUUUCGGUGCCCUCGAAAUGGACAGGAACCACAUGGCGGUUGAUAGUAACCCAAUUGGAGGGUCCGCCGGCGGGUAGCAGACGUCGUUCCAGCACCUCCCCGGGAACCUUUGGGGCCAGCACAAACUCCCUGCAGGAUCUGCGCGACAUUUUCGCCUCUCAUCAUGCUGAUUACGAGCUGCUGGCUCCACCGGGCUGCCAGCAAUACUACACGGAGUUGUCGAACACCAUUCGCAGCUUCAACUUCCAGACAGCGGUGACCAGCAACUAUAUGCCCAACUUGAACUACAACAUCUGCAUUAAGUCGUCGACCAGUGCCAGCAUGAUUGAAUACUCCUUCAGCAAGUUCUCAAUGUCCGUGCAGGAUGGGGCCGCCGAGGGCUACGACGAGUUCUGCCAUGCCACUGUACAUACGGCGGGCCGGCAGGAGGACUACCUGAUGAUACCGCAGGGCAUUUUGGCCAAGAACAUGGCCUACCAGCCCACCUACUACUGUGGCAGCAAUGACAAUCUGCUGGUUUAUGCAUCGCCGCCCUAUCUGCUGCACUUCUCCAGCGAUGACCUCACCCUGGACAGGAGCGUAGAGACAGGUUUCAGUAUGACUUACCGCCUCAGGAACUCAAUGCUGUAG